UAAAAAGUAUGAAGAAAAAAUCACCAAAAACCUUCGAACGAGAGGAACCAAUACGACAUUUUAUUUUAAUUUCCACGAUAAUGACGUGGGCUUUGACAAAGCCAUUAGAUCCAGCAGAUCCAGAUUUACCGUGUACAGAAGCAGAUUAUCAAAAACGAAAACCUCAUCCAAAUUAUCAGGAUCAUAUUCAAUGCGAGAAAGAGGUUGUGUCCGUGAAGAAAAUCACUAAUUUAGAGAAUAGAUUAAAAACUUUAGUUGUUUGUUGCGGCAUCACAUACGGUGAGGAGGAAGAUACGCUUCAUUAUCUUUUCAAAAUGGCUUGGCUGAAUGCGACUUUCUUACCAAUAUUUGGCAAAGGACAAAACAAGAUACCCCUUUUACACGUUCGUGAUUUGGCCGCAACUAUAUCCUCAGUGCUACAAAAUUGGCCUCCGAUGUGGUAUAUUGUGGCGGUAGAGCGAGAAUUAAUCUCUCAAAAUACGAUCGUCAAA